UAACUAUCUGUCAACGCUUUGGUUCAGAACACCACUGCCAGGGCAGAAUAGUCGGAUAAGUACCUUGCGUAAGGGUACUUUAGCUGGAGGUGAUAUUCAAACCAAAAACCUUUGCUGUAAAGGCAGGAGUUGUAACCACUCCUACCAGCUGCCCUAUGGCUGGGAAACUUGGCAGAAGACUGAACAAUGGCCGCAGAAGCGAUGAGGCUACAAUCAAUGUUCCAUAUUCAUCUUGCCCAUUAGCUAUAUACGAUAUCCUGACAUCGGCGUUACAGAAAUUCCUGACUUCUUACUGAAAGUUUUCAAAAUAGAUCAAGGAAAGCUUUGCACAGGAACAGGUCGAAGUAAGGGAUGUGGAGUGUCUGAAGGGACGUGUGUACCUUGCUCAAGGUGCCCCCCUCCCAUCAGUAAGGGAUUGAUGACUAUGAUAGUACACACAGCUGCGCAUACCCUGAAUUUCUCCUCUCCUAGACACAAAAAAAUUAUACAUUUUUCAGAAAUGUACCUUGCUUAUAUAACAGAAGACUUGCUAAACAAAAUGUGAGGAUGGCACUCUGCAGGCAGUCGCUUGCAGGACUGUAUGUGCGCCCAUAUUACAAAGUUUCAGAACCCAUCAAUUAGAUGUUUACAGAAGCUGCCACAUAAUACUUUACAAGUUAAUUUUAUCAAAAAUUCAUAUGAAAAUGAGACAGAAAUUUUCCAAAAGUAAGCGCAGCACAAAGUAAACAGGAUCACGUGACACCGUUACGCUGUAAGUUAAGGGCAAAGGGUAAACAACGGCUUCAUUAAUUAAAAUAAAUAAAUAAAUAAAUCAGCCAACAACGACCCGCUCUACGCUUUUUUGACAGUUCCUGUAUUUCUAUGUAAACUAGACUUCCUGGACGAGAAGACGAGGAAUGGCAAGUGCACCUCCAUUGGAGACUGCGGGACUGAUGGGGUUUCCUCAGCCACCUUGCUAUGAAGAAGCAAUGAGUAAUCCUUACCCACAGUACCCACAGGGUCCUGUGCCCUCUCCCACUAUUUUUGCAAAACCGGAACAACCACUCUAUCCAAUGCAAACCUACACUUCGCCCCCUUCAAAUCCAGUGGUGUCUGUGCAGACAGUCUGUGUGCAGCAGGGUGUCAUGUACAGGGACAGACCAGUACAGCUCGUCUGCCCAGUCUGCUCGCAGACGGUGGUGACCCAAAUGAAGUACAGUGCAGGCACUAUGACUUGGCUAGCAUGUGCAGGUCUCUUCAUCUUUGGUUGCGCAUAUGGCUGCUGUCUGAUUCCAUUCUGUGUCAAUGACUUGCAAGAUGUGACUCACCAGUGUCCUAACUGCAACAGCGUCCUGGGAGUGUACAAGCGCCUGUGAUACCACAGUUCUCUGUCUGCAGAUAAUAUAUAGGGCGUGGUUAAGUUACAGGAAGUUGGGCACAUUUGCCACUUCAAAGGAUAGGUUCUUCAGUUUGUCAUACUUCUCAUUUGUUGUACUAUUUAUACAUUAGUGUACAGUCCCAAUUAAAAGUUUGUGCACAUUUACUAGAAACUAAGUCUUUCAAAAGUGGUCUGCUUAAAAACUUAAUCAAACUUAAUCACUUAUCUUUAAAGCUAUUUUUGAUCUGAUCCCAGAGUUUGACAGUUGCAGGUUGCUUUACGUACAGUCUUCACUCUAUUUCAGAUGCAGAAGUUGGGAGUUAUGAGUUGCAAGUAAAUUUUGGAAGAAAUAGUUUUUUUUUUUUCAGGUUAGUUUUUGGCAUAUUCUUGUACAUUGUUUUCCUCUAUAAAUGUACUUUUAAUGAUCUAAUUUCAUUAACA